AUGGAGGCUAAGAAGCACGUGUACUACUUCGGUGGGAAGAAGGCCGAUGGCAAUCGCAACAUGAAGGAGCUGCUCGGAGGUAAGGGUGCAAAUCUGGCGGAAAUGGUAAACUUGGGUAUCCCUGUACCUCCUGGUUUCACCAUCACGACUGAGGUGUGCGGCAUCUACCAGACCACAAAGGGUGUGCCCCAGGAGGUUGUGGAGCAGGUAAAGCAGAAUGUGCGCCGCGUGGAGGAGGAGAUGGGCAAGAAGUUUGGCGAUGUGGAGAACCCGCUACUCUUCUCCGUGCGUUCUGGCGCUGCUGCCUCUAUGCCUGGUAUGAUGGACACCGUUCUGAACCUUGGUAUGAACAAAGCUACCGUGGAGGCAUGGAUUCGCCGCUCUCCUCAACUGGAGCGCUUCGUCUAUGACUCAUACCGCCGCUUUAUCACCAUGUAUGCUGACAUUGUGAUGCAGGUGGGCCGUGAAGAUUUUGAGGAGGCCAUUGGACACAUGAAGGAGAAGCGUGGAACGAAGUUUGACACAGAUCUGACAGCAAAGGACCUGAAGGAGCUGACAGAAGAAUACCUGGUGCUGUUCCAGCGUAAGACUGGAUUCCCGUUCCCACAAGACCCAAUGACGCAAUUGUUCGCUGCCAUCAACGCCGUGUUUCGCAGCUGGGGCAACCCUCGCGCUGUGAUGUACCGCCGCCUGAACAACAUCACCGGUCUGCUUGGCACUGCUGUGAAUGUGCAGGCAAUGGUGUUCGGUAACAUUAACGAUCGCUCUGCUACUGGUGUCGCCUUCUCGCGCAGUCCCAGCACCGGGGAGAACUACUUCUUUGGUGAGUACCUUGUGAACGCACAGGGUGAGGAUGUUGUGGCUGGUAUCCGCACGCCGCAGCAGAUUGGUCGCGAGCUGUCGCUGCGCUGGGCUAAAAACCAUGGUGUGAGCGAGGAUGAGCGUCGUCACCGCUACCCAUCGAUGGAGGAGGCGAUGCCGGAGAACUACCGCCUUCUGUGCGAUAUCCGCGCGAAGCUGGAGCACCACUACCGUGACAUGCAAGACAUCGAGUUCACUGUGGAGGACGGCCGUCUGUGGAUGCUGCAGUGCCGUAAUGGAAAGCGCACAAUCCACGCGGCGGUGCGCAUUGCCAUCGAGAUGGUGCAGGAAGGCCUCAUCUCGAAGGAAGAAGCCGUGCUACGUAUUGAUCCUUCGCAGGUGGACCACCUGAUGCACCCGAACAUUGAACCUGCUUCCGCCAAGAGCAGCAAGCCGAUUGGCAAGGGUCUUGCGGCAAGUCCUGGUGCUGCUGUGGGUCAGGUUGUCUUCGACGCCGAUUCGGCCAAGGAAUGGAGUGCAAAGGGCAAGAAGGUGAUUAUGGUACGCCUCGAGACGUCACCGGAGGACUUGGCUGGUAUGGAUGCCGCGUGCGGUAUUCUGACGGCCCGCGGUGGCAUGACGUCUCACGCGGCUGUGGUGGCCCGCGGCAUGGGUAAAUGCUGCGUUUCUGGCUGUGGCGACAUGGUUAUUAAGGGCAAGCAGUUCACACUUCACGGUCACGUGAUCCGCGAGGGUGACUACAUCACAAUUGAUGGGUCAAAGGGUCUGAUCUACGUUGGUAAGCUGAAGCUACAGUCACCCAACCUGAAGGGUGACUUCGAGAAGAUCCUCGGGUGGUGCCGUGAGGUGAAGCGCCUUGGUGUGCGUGCCAACGCAGACACACCACACGACACAACCAAGGCCCGCAGCUUCGGCGCAGAGGGCGUUGGCCUGUGCCGCACGGAGCACAUGUUCUUUGAGGGAAGCCGAAUUGAUGCGAUUCGCGAGAUGAUUCUUGCUGACACUGUGGAGGGGCGCAAAGCUGCUCUGCAGAAACUGUUGCCUGUGCAGCGUGGUGAUUUUGUUGGCAUCUUCAAGGCCAUGAAUGGUCUGCCGGUGACAAUUCGCCUGCUGGACCCCCCGCUGCAUGAGUUUGUGCCACAUGAGGAGACAGCACAGGCUGAGCUCGCGCAGAAGAUGGGUGUGCCGGUGGAAAAGAUUCGCAAUCGCGUGAAGUCGCUCCACGAGAUGAACCCCAUGCUCGGUCACCGCGGUUGCCGUCUGGGCAUCACGUACCCUGAAAUCUACGAUAUGCAGGUGCAGGCUAUUAUGGAGGCAGCGAUCGAGUUAAGCAAGAAGGGCUGCAAGGUUCAACCGGAGAUCAUGAUUCCGCUGGUUGGUAAGAAGGAGGAGCUGACUUUCACCAAAAAGAAUGCAGUAAAGACAGCGGAGGCGGCUAUCGAAGCCGCUGGCCACCGUGUGCACUACAUUGUGGGUACCAUGAUCGAGGUGCCGCGCGCUGCCGUAACGGCUGACCAGAUCGCCCAGGAGGCUGACUUCUUCUCAUUCGGUACAAACGACCUGACACAGAUGGGCUGCGGCUUCUCGCGUGACGAUGCCGGCGCAUUCCUGCGCCACUACUGCGAAUUGGGAAUCUACGCCCAGGACCCAUUCCAGUCGCUUGACCAGUCAGGUGUUGGUGAGCUUGUGCGAAUUGCGGCAACGAAGGGACGCAGUGUGAAACCAAUGCUGAAGCUUGGUAUCUGUGGUGAGCAUGGUGGAGACCCCGCAACGAUCGAGUUCUGCCACAAUGUCGGUCUCAACUACGUGUCAUGCUCGCCGUUCCGUGUGCCUGUUGCCACUGUUGCCGCUGCCCACGCCGCACUGAAGGAGAAGAUGCGCGUAGAGGCACAGUACAAGAAACUCAGUGGAAAACUUUAA